AUGGCCUCGUUAACGGAGGAUGUGGAGCAGGAGCUGAGCGCCACAGCCCAGCAAGUGCUGGGGAAACUGUGGAGCCACCAGCUGUUCCAGUCCAAGUGGGACACCGGUGCCUUCAUCAUCUUCCUCGUCUUCCUCGGCGUCGUGGCGCUCCUGCUGCUGGCCGUCUGCAUCCAUUGCUGCUGCUGUGGCUGCUGCCAAAGCCGCUCCUCCAGGUCCCGGAAGAAACACUCCGUGGGAUUUGAUAACCUUGCCCUGGAGCCUUAAUGCGGAGAGUCCUUGCUCCCCUGCCUUUGUCCUGCUGGGCAG